UCGACUAGGGCUUUUUUGAUGCCUCCUAGGGUAUGAGAGGGAACGCGAGCAGGGAGGCCGUGAUGGCGCCCGCAAAGGACUACUUCCAAGCUCUCCCCGACGCGCUCGUCUGCCGCAUUUUCGGCGAGAUCGGGCCGCUCCACAAGAUCGCGCCCUGCCGCCUCGUCUGUCGCCGCUGGCGGAUGCUCUUCCGGGGCGUCGACUACCUGGAUUUCUCCUGCGCCGAUCUGGUGAAGAAGGUAAAGAAGGACGCCAAGCGCGUGCCGCUGCUGGAAUCCUUCAUAGGGCGGACGAUCGGCGCCACGACGUGUGGAGUCCAGGAUCUCCACAUCACAGGGCCCGAGUUUGGGGUCGGGGCGGUGUGCAUGUGGCUGCGAGCGGUGAAUUCCACGCUCGAGUGCCUCACUCUCGAGGAGGACGGGGAGGGAUUCGUGCAGAUGGGCAACAAGCUUCUCGAGAUCUUCAAGUGCCAGCUUCUCAAGGAGGUAUCUCUCUCAUACUACCAUAUCGAUCGCGUGCCUGGCGAAGCCACGCCGCUCAAGAGACUCACGUCUUUCACCCUCAACGACGUGUGUAUCACAGACGAGGCACUCGAAGGCAUCAUGGAGCUCUGCCCGGUUCUAAAUUAUCUCGACAUUUGCGACUGCACGGGGCUCGGGUCGCCUUACAUUAGGCACACGGAGCUCACCACCAUCUUUCUCAGCUUCCAGGAGGCGCUCACCGUCUUCACGCUGUCUGCGAGAGGGGAGAAGGAUCCCAAGGUGGAGGUGAUCUGCGUCAAGUGGGUGACGAAGCUCGUCGUCAAGGCCAGUGGAGUGGGGAAGAUUGUAGUGCGGUCUCCCUGCGUGAUUGGGCUUCCAAGGGGAUCUAGUUUAGAGAAGCUGGUGCUAGAAUCAAGCGAGGAGGGGGAAUGGACGCUGCCGGACGUGGCUGCUGCGAUUGGUGGCCUCGAGAAAACUGCGAUCAAGUCGGUCGCUAUUCCUGCUGCAUUGAACAAGAUCGAGAAGGUUGCUCCGUUAAAGUUUUUCGGCUGCAUGGCCAACUGGAGUGGGCUUGAGAUUGGCGGAGAUCUCUUCAAGUGUUUGAGGUGCUGUAGAAUGGAGGAGCUGCCGGAGCUUCCACUAAAGAGAAUUGUUAUUCAUAUGCCGUGGGUGGACGAGAAGAGCCUGGAAGUACUCAACAAUCUGGUCAGGAGAUGUGCGUUGCUGGAAAAGCUGUCGAUUUGCGUCAAGGACAAGUCCAAGGGAUGGAAGUUUGCCGACGGCCUGCUCAAGCUCCAGAGGACGAUGAAACAGGUGGAGAUCACACUGAGCGAAGAGAGGGACGCGCAGAGCGAGCCAAGCGAUGACAAGGACGAGGAGAACGAGGACGAGAGGAUUGACGAAGAUGAGGAAGACGAAGAUGAGGACGACGAUCAAGAUGACGAAGACGAAGACGAUGAAUAAGCGUAAGUUUAUCUUUGUUUUCUCUCAGCGCUAGAUAGGAUAGGAGUUCUUUAAUCUUUGUUUCCAGGGGAUUCAAAGCGUUGAAACGAUCCGAUUCAAGGAAACCAAAACUGUUCUUGGCAGUGGUCCACUGUUUUUUUUUU